CAUACAAUUCUGGCACUAGAUGUUGCCUUUACGUCAAAGAACACUUAUCGGCAUUGGUUACUUGAUCAUUGUCAACAAUUGACCUUCAAAGGUCAGCCAUUUACACCUACGUGUGUUGCAGAAGUCAUAGUUGUUCAAGAAGGAUAUCAAGAAUUCAAUGUCUUAGAUCGGAGAUGGAGGGCUAAUAGGGUUGUUUAUCAAACUUCACAUGGCUGGAAUAAUGCAAAUGGUGUAAUAUUUUUCCAGAAUCCACAGAAAAUUGAUGAUACAAUUUCACAAGCAUCCUCAGAGUCAUCAUCAUUAGAAAGUGAUGAAACAAUCAAUUGUCCUAAAUGUUGA